AUGGGGGUUGUUGUUGGCAGAGAUGGAUUGGCUGGUAAACAAUGCCUACCUCUAGUGACACCAUCCACCCUGAUGCUGAGCUCCAAAGGCAGAGUGAAACUGUGCCAGAGACCAUCUUUUUUCGUAUCCGGGGCUCCAGCUCAUUUGGCUGGAUAUCUAGCUCCAGAAUACAGGGCGGGCAAAAUUUACAGCGACACGGAGUUUGAAAAAAUGUGGAUUUUUGGAUUGGGCGAAACUUUAAAAAGAGCCACAUUGACAAGCCACGUUGCCACAUCUAGACUAAGCGGAGAACUGUGUCAUGUUCUGUCAGAUAUGACAAAAACGCAGCCUAGUUCCAGGUCAUCUCUGAUGCAUUUACUGGAUGUAAGUCAAUAA